AUGAAAUCAAAAUAAGCUUAGACACCUGAAUAAAUAAUACACAUUUUAAGAUCUUUCAAGUCUUUAAUGGGGAAAUAAAACUCCAUGAGUCCAUAGACAAGAUGUCAAACUUGUGUUUAGACUGUAAAAAAGGAGGCAAAAUAGACAUUUGAUUGUUUACUAACAUCUCCAAUAGGGAUGAUGGAGGAUUAAGAAUGUGUGAAGGAGGGAGUGGAGGUAAAGAUAGAGCUUUUGUCGAAUUAAAUAAAAUAAAUGCAAAUAAAAUAGGAAUAAUUAGAGAGUUAACAUUAUUAAUUAAGCAAAAAUGUAAAGAAGUUAAACAUAGAAAAAAAACAAUAAUUAUAAGUAUGUUAUAAAAAUAAUAAAUUUAGGAAAGGAGUUAGAUGGUAAGAAAAUUGGAUUAGAUGAUUGAUAUUCAAACAAAGUAGGAAGAUAAUUUAAAUUAAUUAAAACAACUAUUUGCCUCUCGAAAAAUAAAUUGA